AUGAUUAAUUUGUCCGCUCGUGCCGCCCGCAUCGGGGCCAACCGUCAGGCGUUCCCUCUCCGUUCGUUCUCUAUUGCUGUGCCGGCUCGGAAGGAGGGAGACCUCGGAUCACCCAAACCACGGGGGUUUCUUGCUGAAAAAGAUUCCUUCAGCCGUCGAGAAGCCGCCCACGAGGCCAUGUACAUCCGCUCCCACGAGGCAGAGAAACUGAAGCUCCUACAUCGCCAGUUGAAGGAGCAACGACGACACUUGGACGCGAUGGAGGAGCAUAUGUAA